AUGUCUGAAGAUAAUAUCCAAACCAUUGAGUCAAAUUUUGCCGAUCAUCUCGCCUCCUCUGAUCAUCCAGGCGAGAUCCUCUCUUCUGAGCUUUAUAAGCUCAGAGGACUAAUGAAAACACAAUCCGGCAAGAAGUUCGCUGACAUUCCCCGCAUGUCCACCGCCUAUUAUCCUCGUCCCACUCCUCAAGAUGUUCUGAUCGAAGAAAGGGAUUGGAAUCAAACAAACACUUCGUAUAGUGGGUUCACUGGCCAACUCCGUGGCUGGUGGGAUAAUUUCCUAGAUGAUGCUAAACGCGCCGCCAUUUUUGAUGCCACCAAUGAAAAAGAAGGCAAAGAUAAUCUUGGUCGCACUCUCGCGGCAGGACGGUCUGAUGCCGUUUAUACCCUCAUGCUGACUAUUAUUGAACACUUUGGCGGAAGGUUCACUAACCACCAUGAAAAUAUUCGCACUCUUCUUAAUGGUUUGAAAUGCCGCCAUCUUGGCGAAUUUCGUUGGUAUAAAGAUACCUUUCUUAGCCGGGUUAUGGAUUUACCCGAAAGCAGAUACGAACACUGGAAAGCAAAAUUCAUUGAUGGUCUUCCUCCCCUUUUUGCUGAGCGUGUUCGCAAAACUCUUCGCGGAUCUUAUGGCGAAAUCCCCUACGCUGACAAAACUUAUGGUCAAUUGAUCGUAGCCUGUACUCAAGAAGGGUUAGCCCUUUGCAACGAGUUAAAACUGGCUAGACAGAUCAAAAUUGAUAAACUACGCGAAAAAACUCAAUUGGGUGAUUUCUGCGAGCAAUUUGGUAUGGAAAAACCCUUAAUCCGGAAACCCUACAAAAAUUCCAAAUAUCCCAAAUAUCAAUCCAAUCUUCCUCGACGACGUAAUAAGGAACAGCGAGAAACUCGAAAAUCUUUCCGAAAAUCUACUCGAUUCGCUAAAAACCAUUCAAAACGCGACUUAGCAAAAAUUAAAUGUUAUAAGUGCAAUCAAUACGGUCAUAUUUCUCCGAAUUGUAAAUUGCAAAAAUUGAAAACUCUGAAUCUUCCUGAUGACAUUCAGAAUCAAGUCUAUAAUUUAUUGUACACUUCUGACGAAGUUGAAAAACUAAAACGCGAAAUCAUUUCGUUAAAACAAGAUCAGAUAAUUACUGAUCAUCGCAUUUCAAAGCUUGAAGAAACCGAUUCUUUACAUUCUUUUCUAGGGAUGUUACAAAUUGUUACUGCACACAAAUGUCGAAAACGGCAUAUUGUUUCACUUCCCUAUGAAGACGGCUUCACUGAAGAAAGAAUUCCAACAAAAUCUCGACCAUGUCAGAUGAAUGCCGAAUUAGUUGAAUUCUGUAAAAGAGAGAUUGAUCAUCUCCUGCAAAAGGGUCUCAUCAAACCCUCAAAAUCUCCUUGGUCUUGUACCGCUUUCUAUGUUAAUAAUGCUGCCAAAAAAGAAAGAGAUCCUACGAUAAUUGAUAGAAUAAAAAAGAAAUUGGCUAGAGCAACAACCAUCAAAAGAAAAACACUUAGGGAGGGUAAGCAUAAUCUUGAUGAUGUUAUUGUUGAUGGUAUUUCUGUUGGUGUUGUUGAUGGUGCUACUAGUGGUAUUAGCGGUGGUGAUGGUGCUGCUGUUGGGGUUGGUGGUGCCCUCAUGUAG